AUGGGACUGCGAAAAGUGCACAUCUAUGAAUUCAGUAGGUUGAACAUGGUUUAUACAGUUCUCAGCAAGCGCAAGCUUUUGUGGUUCGUUCAAAAUAAGAAGGUUAAUGGAUGGGAUGAUCCUCGUUUUCCAAUUGUUCAAGGAAUUGUGCGCAGAGGUCUUAAAGUUGAAGCUUUAAUACAAUUCAUUCUUGAGCAGGGAGCUUCAAAGAAUCUGAAUCUCAUGGAAUGGGACAAACUUUGGACAAUUAAUAAGAAGAUAAUUGAUCCAGUAUGCCCAAGACACACCGCCGUUAUUGAAGAGCGGCGGGUGUUGUUGACGCUGACCAAUGGGCCUGAGAAGCCAUUCGUUCGCAUCAUUCCGAGGCACAAGAAGUACGAAGGUGCUGGGGCGAAGGCGACUACAUACACAAGGACAAUAUGGCUAGACUUUGUAGAUGCAGAGUCCAUCAAGGUAGAUGAGGAAGUGACCUUGAUGGACUGGGGGAAUGCCAUUGUCGAAGGGAUUGAGAAAGACGAAGAUGGAAACCUCAAACUCAUAGGGGUUUUGAAUCUUGAGGGGUCCUUCAAGACGACGAAAUUGAAGCUUACGUGGCUACCUCAAAUAGAUGAACUACCUAAGCUCUCACUGAUGGAGUUCAAUUAUUUGAUAACAAAGAAGAAGCUUGAAGGAGAGGAUUUCCUUGAUGUGCUUAACGCAUGUACAGAAAAGCAGACUGCGGCCUUGGGUGAUUGCAACAUGCGAAAUCUCAAGCGAGGAGAUAUCUUGCAGCUUGAGAGGAAAGGAUAUUUCCGAUGUGAUGUUCCCUACGUCAGGCCUUCAAAGCCUAUAGUUCUCUUUGCAAUCCCCGACGGCAGGCAGCAUACUGGGUUUAAUUGA